UGUCACCAGAAAUCGACACAAGAACAUAUACCAUCUUUAAAGCAAUGGACAUAUUUGUAUCUUUUAUCGAAGAUCUCUUUACCUGUGUAAACCGAUACUAGUUUAGUCAUUGACAAUCGUCGCUUAUCCUAAAGUUCUUUAUGACUGAAGAGGUGUACCAUCUGAUGUGUUGAGAAGACCAAAAAAAUGUUGCUAGUUUUUCGUUGUAUCCCCGUAACAUGUGCUCUCUCUCUUGCUCCUCCACAUAUGACAGAGCAAAAUCCAUGAUUGGCUGAUGACUCGAUUUCUUCAACAUUUUGCUAAUCCCAUACAUGUUAUUUGUUAUUUGAUCUGUAUGCAAACUACUUUGAUGAAACAUUAUUGUUUGAUAAAAAAAACUUUCAAAGCUAGAUAUAUAAAAAAAAAAUCAUACCAACUUGUAAACUAUACCUCAUUAGCUGUGUCAUUGUAAACUACUAUUUCUUAACAUUUACACCAAAAAAAUGAAGUUAUUUUCAAGGCAAUGGAAAAAGCUAUCAACAAGAGUGUGACCAUUGCCGAGCUCAUUAAGAGAAGGAUUCCUGGAAUCCAUCAGCACACAUCUAUUGGAUCCAUUGACAUAACUGAUAUCUGGGAGAGUAAAGAGGAAGGCCUUCUUCCGAUUGAGACAACAAGGCAUGUGUUAGUGAUCACUAUAACGCUUUCGAAGAAGGAGCUGAACACAUCCGCAGUUGGUUACCAGUGUCCGAUCCCAAUCGAGUUGGGGAAGCCAUUUGUUGAGAUUGAUUACGAAGGAAGAGGUAAUUACAGUGACUUAUAAUGAACAUUUUCAUCCUCCCUAAGAUCCUGUCUUUUAUAUGUUUAUCUAUUUGUUGUAGAUGGAUCACCUUGAGGCAGAGAAAGAAGAGGCAGAGGAAGAGGAGACAGAGGUAGCAGCAUUGCUUUAUCAAUCUUAUUUCUAAAAUCUUAGAGAACGGUUCCAUUUUUGUUGAUCUGACUGUGGCUUUAUGUUUUCUCAGUUG